CCGAAAGUACAAACGUACUCGUAAUUUGUUUGUACACCAAGAUUAGACAGAAAAAUUGACAUGUUAUUUGGAAUCAAAUACCAACUUAAGUAUAUUUCGGACAAAACAAACUGUAUUGCACAACAUAGAAACAGACGGUGAAUAGAAAUCAAUUGUCCACGACAAAAUGGCUACAGGACAUGUGGAUACGGAUAUUUUUACUGAUGAAACACUUGUACUAUGUUCAUCAUGCAAAAAUCGAGAUAAAAACACUGAAUGUGUAGAAUGUCACGAUUAUUUCUGCGUGAAAUGUCUUCAACUUCACAACCAAGAUCAUCACAAGGUUUUAGAGGAUAACCAGGUUAAGUCGGUGUUGGAUGAAAGCCAUGUUAAGUCGGUGUUGGAUGAAAGCCAGGUUAAGUCGGUCUUGGAUGAAAGCCAGGUUAAGUCGGUCUUGGAUGAAAGCCAGGUUAAGUCGGUCUUGGAUGAAACCCUAGUUAAGUCGGUGAUGGAUGAAAGCCAGGUUAAGUCGGUCUUGGAUGAAACCCAGGUUAAGUCGGUGUUGUAUGAAACCCAGGUUAAGUCGGUCUUGGAUGAAAGCCAGGUUAAGUCGGUCUUGGAUGAAAGCCAGGUUAAGUCGGUCUUGGAUGAAACCCAGGUUAAUUCGGUCUUGGAUGAAAGCCAGGUUCAGUCGGUCUUGGAUGAAAGUGAGCUUAAGUCGGUCUUGGAUGAAAGUCAGGUAAAGUCGGUCUUGGAUAAAAGCCAGGUUAAGUCGGUGUUGGAUGAAAGCCAGGUUAAGUCGGUGUUGGAUAAAAGCCAGGUUAAGUCGGUGUUGGAUGAAAGCAAGGUUAAGUCGGUGUUGGAUGAAAGCCAGGUUCAGUCGGUCUUGGAUGAAAGUCAGGUUAAGUCCGGAAUCGGCGAAAGCCUAACGAGUAGAUCAGAAGAGCAUUGUGACAAACAAAGUCAUAAACACAUUGAUAUGUACUGUCAGAAUCAUGAUCAAGUUGGUUGUUCUUCAUAUACAUCAGAUGAACACGGUGCGGGUUUAACAUGUGCAAAUCAAGAUGAAGAGAAACUGCAGCAAAGGAUGUCAGAGUUGCAGGAAAAAGAAUUUCUUACUUCUGGGGUCAAUAAGGAGGGGUCAAUAAAGAUCAGUCCCCUCCAAAUAAACAAAGCCGAGGGUACACUUGAUGAGGAAUCUCCAAACAGAAAUCAAACGGAAGCGUUUGUUGAUAUAAAAAUAACAUUGGAUGGAGAAACUUCUCAUGUUGUUAACAAAUGUUUAGAAGACACAAAAAAGAAAAGUGCUACGGUUGACAAAGAAAGUCAACCAGAUGGCGAGAAACCUACAUCGUUGUUGGAAGAAGUGAAUACCAUUGACGUAGUUACAGAAGGAACUACUGAUGUUGCUCGUCACUUGCUUCAGAUGACAGCAAACAUGUCUUUCUGUGUUAAAGUAAAGUCUGAUAAAGAUGUCUGUAAUAUAGUAUGUGCAUGUUUUAUGGAGGAUGACACGAUUAUUAUAGCUGAUAACAACAACAGGAAACUUAAACGUUUAGACAGCAACAAUUAUAAUGUUACGGACUACUGUGAUAUAUCUAAAGAUCCAAGGCAGAUUUGUACAAUCAAUGAAUCACAAGUAGCAGUAACUCUAGGAUCAGAAAAAGAAGUUCGGUUCAUUUCUCUUGAAGAAGAAAUGAGAACAGCAAACCGGUUUAAAACUGGCUUCAACUGCUAUGGGAUUGCCUAUUCAGGUGAUAAGCUAUACAUAUCUGACAUUAGCAGGGCAUUAUACAUCUACACAUUGUCUGGCGAGCAGCUUAAAAAGAUCAGUGCUGGUGCAUUAGGAAGCGGACUGUUCUCUGACAUAUCCAGCCUAGCUGUCAGUAGGGAUGCAUCUAAGAUUUAUAUUGCUGAUUACUUUUACGGAUUUAUAGUUUUGCGCAAAAAGCCUUCUGUUCGGGUUUUAAAGAAAUUUAAUGACAAACAAUUAAAGGAGGCUAAUAGUUGUUAUCUGACAGAAGCUGGUAGUGUUUUAGUUUCUGGAGAGAAAACCAACAAUGUUCUACUUUUUGCACCCAAUGGUAACUUGGUCGGAGAGGUUGUAAAAGCUGAUGAUGGUAAGGAGUCGGUGCAGUCAGUGUGUUGUAAUAAACAAAUGUCUAAGAUGUGUAUUUCUAGAAUGUACGAGAACAGCAUUGAUAUUUACAAGGUUAAUGAUUGAGCAUAAGAUACUGUCUGGUUU